GGUGAAACAUCAGCGGGAAUCUCCUGGAAUCUCCUGAAAUCUCCUGAAAUCAUCUGGAAUCAUGGUGUUAGAACUCUACCUGGAUCUGAACUCGCAACCCUGUCGCUCUGUUUACAUCUUUGCCAAGAAAAACAACAUUCCCUUUGACUUUCAGAAGAUUUCGCUGCUGGAUGGUGAACAGUAUGGAGAAGAGUUCGGGAAGAUCAGCUUGAUCAGAAAAGCUCCGGCUCUGCGAGAUGGAGACUUCUGUCUGGCUGAGAGUAUUGCCAUCCUUCAUUAUCUGGCUGAGAAGUUUAAAACUCCAGACUUCUGGUUUCCAGUCGACCUCCAUCAACGCGCUCGUGUUAACGAGUAUCUGUCGUGGCAGCACAUGGCGUUACGUAUGCACGGCUCCAGGAUUUUCUGGCUGCGGCUCUUGAUUCCAAAGAUCCUGGGUGUGGACGUCCCUCAGGACAAGAUGGACGCGGCCCUGGACGACCUGAAGCACUCACUGAACCUCCUGGAAGAGAAGUUCAUCCAGGACAAACCUUUCAUAGCAGGAGAUCAGAUCUCACUGGCCGACCUGGUCGCCAUCGUGGAGGUCAUGCAGCCUCUGGGUUCUGGCUUGGACGUAUUUGAGGACCGACCCAAACUGAGCGCGUGGCGGGACAGAGUCGAGGCCGCCAUUGGAAAGGAGCUGUUUGACGACGCCCACCAGACCAUCCUGACCGCCCAGGAGAGAGUGUCCACCAUGGACGCCAGCAAGAUGCAGGUCUUCAAGCCCAAGAUCAUCAGCUUUUUCCUGUGAAGAGGAGAACUCUGGUUUGGGUUUGGGUUCUGGUUCUGUCCAAAUGAGCUCAGUAAGUUGAUUUACCCCAACUUAUAAAAUCUAACUGUCAAAUUAUGAUAAAUAAUAAAGAAUAAAUUGUUCUUUUAACUUCAGUAACAAGUUAUUUUGCAACAUUUAUGUUCAGUCUUUUCAAAAAUGAUGAAUAAAAAUUAUAACAUUUGUCAA